AUUUGCGGUGGGGUUGAUGGUUCCGCCUCUUGGAUUUCAGUUCACUUGGUACGUCCCAGAGCGCUGAUCAACAACUUCAGCGGACCCGGGCGAGGAGCGUCCUGGGAAAUGUAGUUAAUAGGCGUACUUGCCGCGCCGUAGCCUGCUGCCCUCAGAGGAGAGGGGACUCCAUUUCCCGAGGUUCCUCGGAUACUGGGGGUGCGGAGGGCCUCCGUGGCGUCCGGCCCCGGGCGAACCGGGGGUGGGGGCUCCGAGGCUGAGGCUUUUCGGCCUUGGGGGAGCGUCCGUGAGGCCUGAUCCAGGCCAUGUCUGCGUGAAGACGCCGCUGCAGCCGUCCCCGACCCACCCCGGUCCGGGUCCGACCUACCCCGCUGCGCACCAUGGGCUCCAUCCUGAGCCGCCGCAUCGCGGGCGUGGAGGACAUCGACAUCCAGGCGAACUCGGCCUAUCGCUACCCUCCGAAGUCCGGAAACUACUUCGCUUCACACUUUUUCAUGGGAGGUGAGAAAUUUGACACCCCCCACCCUGAAGGUUACCUCUUUGGAGAAAACAUGGAUCUGAACUUCCUGGGCAAUCGCCCAGUCCAGUUUCCUUAUGUCACCCCUGCCCCCCAUGAGCCGGUGAAGACGCUGAGGAGCCUGGUGAACAUCCGAAAAGACUCACUCCGGCUCGUAAGGUACAAAGAUGGUGCCGACAGCCCCACUGAGGACAGCGAGAAGCCCCAUGUCCUGUACAGCCUGGAGUUCACCUUCGAUGCUGAUGCCCGGGUGGCCAUCACUAUCUACUGCCAGGCGGUGGAGGAAUUUCUAAAUGGGAUGGCUGUGUACAGCCCCAAAAGCCCUGCCCUGCAGUCUGAGACCGUCCACUAUAAGAGAGGGGUGAGCCAGCAGUUCUCCCUGCCCUCCUUCAAGAUCGACUUCUCAGAGUGGAAGGAUGAUGAGUUGAACUUUGACCUGGACCGGGGAGUGUUUCCAGUGGUCAUCCAGGCCAUGGUGGAUGAAGGAGAUGUUGUAGAGGUGACUGGCCACGCCCAUGUGCUGUUGGCUGCCUUCGAAAAGCAUGUCGACGGUAGCUUCUCUGUGAAGCCGUUAAAGCAGAAGCAAAUUGUAGACCGGGUCAGCUACCUGUUACAGGAGAUCUAUGGCAUUGAGAAUAAGAACAACCAGGAGACGAAGCCUUCGGACGAGGAGAACAGUGACAACAGCAAUGAGUGCGUGGUGUGCCUAUCAGACCUGCGGGACACGCUGAUCCUGCCCUGCCGCCACCUGUGCCUGUGCAACUCCUGUGCCGACACACUGCGCUACCAGGCCAGCAACUGCCCCAUCUGCCGGCUGCCCUUCCGGGCCCUUCUGCAGAUCCGGGCAGUGAGGAAGAAGCCAGGAGCCCUGUCCCCUGUCUCCUUCAGCCCUGUUCUGGCCCAGAGUAUGGACCAUGACGAGCACUCUUGUCCCUUUAAAAAACCAAAGUCGCACCCUGCCUCACUGGCCAGCAAGAAACCUAAAAGGGAAACUAGCACCGACAGCAUCCCGCCCGGCUACGAGCCCAUCUCCCUGCUUGAGGCGCUCAACGGCCUUCGAGCCAUCUCCCCGGCCCUCCCCUCGGCUCCCCUUUAUGAAGAGAUCACCUACUCGGGCGUCUCAGAUGGCCUAUCCCAGGCCAACUGUCCACUUGCUGGACUUGAUCGAAUCUUGGAAAGCAGCCACCAGAAGGGCAAGUCAAGGAGCAAAUCCCCUGACAGCACCCUGCGGUCCCCAUCAUCCCCCAUCCAUGAAGAGGAUGAGGAGAAGCUCUCCCAGAACUCGGACGCCCCUCCCUUGCUGAGUGGGGCUGGGCUGGUGCUGAGCAGCUCCCCAGAGAGUUUCCUCACGGAGGAGGUCGAUGAGAGGUCGUCGUUAAAGCAAGGUAGCUGUGUGCCCUCCAUUGAGAACGUCCUACAGGAUGGCAGCCUCGAUCCCUGUGGCUGCUGCCAGCCUGGUCCACCUACUGACAUCUACCUUCCAGCCCGGGGGCCGGACUCCUGCUCUGUCGGCAUAGAGGAGUAAGCUGGAUGGUCCACUUCCAUGGAGAUGCCCUGAAGCCUCCUCACCACUGGCCCCACCCGGCCUCUGCUUGGUGGCCUCAAUUGUGACAUCGGGGCCACUGACCUGACUCCACUCUGAGAGCCUGGCCAGGCUGGCAGCAUGGAGCCCUCAGCUUCCUGGACUUUGCUGAGGAGCUGUCUGGACCCCAGUGAGAUUCCUGGCCUCUCCUGUGUGCACACCCAUCACAGCCACAACUCUGAAGGGCCCUGCACCUCUUGACUGAAGAGCACAGUGGACUGUUCCCUCUGACAAACCUUUUUUUCUGUGGUCUCCAUAUUUGUGAAUGGUACCGGAUGAAGGACGGCGCCUUUCUGUCUCAGGCACUGAGCUCUGGAGCUCCCCCAAUUGCCUUGUCAGCUGAGUAGCUGGGGCUGGGGGCUAGCCGCCCACAUGUCCCAGAUCGGCUUUAUCCAACCCCCCAGCCAGUGGGGGGUUAACACCCUGAGAACUCAACAAAUUGGUGGGUGAAGUACCGUCUUCACAGGAAUUAGUACUGGGGUGCUUGUUGUCAGGGAAGGAAAGGAAGUGGGAUCUGAGUCACGGUCAAUGAAGGAAAUGGUGCCUGUCCCCUACCCCAUGUGCGUGGCCUGGCUGGCACUACUGCUUUGUGCCCUGUGUUACUUCCCCUUCCUGUUCAGGCCCUUCGGUGUGGGUCUGCCUCCGAUAGCUCACAGCCCUUCCCUGCAGCCCUGCCCUCUGCGCCACCCAGGUUUCUGCACUCCGGCCAGGUCUGAGUCUGUCUAGGGCAGAGGUGCAGGUGCACAGCCUAUUGGCAGCAGUUGGUCUAGUGGCCCCUCUCCAAGCCCUGCACCUUCUCAGAGGUGGCUUUGCACAUAUCCUCAGACCUCCUUCAGGUGGAGGGCCUUACUUGGCCAGACCACCCACCCCUGGAGGGACUCGAGCAACUUUUCUGCUCCCUCUGUGCCAUUUAAAUGUCACUUUGUGUUUCUCUUUGAUUUGUUUGGUCUGGGACUCCUGUGGUGGGACCUGCUUGGGGGAGUUGGCCUCAUUUUUUUUUAAACGAUAAAUUACCCACACAACAAAAAGGCAGAGGGGGUACCCAACUCUGGUGCAGCAGGGCACAAGCUGCCUCAGCCAGGGACCUUGGCCUGGUGUGUGAGUGGGUCUGUGCAGCUCCCCACCCUGGGAUUGGGGUUUGCAGAGGAGCUCACUUUAUGAGGAGCUGCCCUGGGAAGCAUGAUGGUUCUGGUUCUGGGGUGGCCAGCAGCUGUCUACAGGGCAUCUGCACAACUGGGGGCUUUGUCCAGUGGGGUCCUCGUUCUCUCUCCAGUUGGGCCUGAGCAGAGCACUGCCUUACGCACAGCUCUUGGCCACGCUCAGGCCACCUUCCCUGGCCGCUUGGCUGUCUAGCCUCCCCUCCCACCUGCUAGUGUGCUAAUUGGUGCACACCAGCACACACACAAGCUGGCCAUCUCUCUCCUAUUCCCCUCAUCACCCACCAGCACCCUGGCCUCUCGCCAGCGGUAUUGGUGCCAGCACUCUGAAGGACAGGAUGCAGACUGCCCUGUCUGGGACUUAACACACGCUAUCAUUUGAUGUAUUCUGAUGGGCUAGUUUUUGUUCGUUUUUACUGUAUAUUUAUAGUAAUAAAAUCAUGCAGCAUUA